AUGGCAGAACCACAGCAUUUACUUGGGAAGCUCUCCCUCAAGGAUUUGACAAUCCAUGACUCAACUGGAAGAUUUCAACUAUCACCAGCACUUCCUGAUACCGAAGUCUCGCAGUUUGUGCUUUCUCAAAAUGGGGUUGCUUGGAAAGGAUCAUUGACCACCGACCAAUACUACCUUCGUGAAAAAGUCUUGGGAAACACCCAGGCUUACAAGAGAAGUGGUACAGAUGAAAUCAAUGGAAGUUGGAGAUUUAUUUUGCGGGAUUUGUCCAUUAGUUUGGACUCUGAUUCUAGAAACAACGAUAUCUUAGAAACCUAUAACGUGGUAUCAUCUUUGGAAUUGUUGGUGAGAGACGCUCAUAGAAUAAAAGCUACUGGAAAAGCUACUGUGGAACUAUUAAAGGUGAAAACUGGAUGUAUUGGGUCGGUCUACACAUUUGAAAACCAAAGGAAGAAAGGAUAUGCUCGAAUGCUUGUGGACUUGUUGAACGAUUGGAGUAGAAAGUUUCUAAAUCACUGUGAUAAAGAUGAUGAUAAUUACAGCUUCAAUACAAUGUACAGCGAAAUUGGCGAAUAUUAUGCCAAAAAUCAUUAUAUCUCCAGGCAUGUCCCUUGGAUAAAUAUCCCUCUAAAUGGAUCAUUUGACAAUGCUAACAAAGAAUCAUCAUUUGAGGUAGCUUUAAUCGAUAAAGGUGGUUUUGAGGAACUAGUCAAGAAAUCUAAUGAAUAUGAUCAGUUGAAAUUUAUUAAAUUGUGUACCGAAGAGACCCAACAAGGAAUCAAUAAUGUUCGGUUAUUCUUGGACUUUAAUGUGAGCUCGGUAGAUUGUCUCCAUGAAAGAGCAGCAUUCUAUAAUAAAUAUUUGAAUGACUCUCAACCUUUAAAAUUCGGAUUGAAUUUGACAAGAAAAACUGAAGAAGGCGAGGAGGAAAUUGUGGGGUUCAUCAUUUGGACCUACAAUUUUAAUGAUCAGGACAUUGAGGUUUUGAAAAUCGGAUGUUUUAUAUCCGAGACUUCUGAUGAUAAGGCCAUUUACGAUGCAGAUUUGGAAGAACAAGUUUACAAAAUUUUGAUCUUAGAAAUGUUGAAAUAUGUUGGUGGUGCCUUGGAUAGUGUUCGUUUUGCGAAAGGGAUCAAGAUCUGGCAAACUUCGAUCAGCAGUGAAGUUCUUCAAAGAAACACCUUCAGAAACUGGAUCAUUGAAGAACUCAGGGGGAAGUUAGAUCUCCCAAAUGAGGAAUCUUUGAGUGCGAUUACAUCUUUCAAUGACUCAGACCAAUCUCUUAUUGAACAAAAUAAGGGCUUGAUUUGGGAGGCCAAUGAAAAAUGGGCAUGGUUUUAA